AUGUUCAAGUCCCUUUUCAUUCUCCUUACCGCAACAGCUCUUCUUGUAGCUCCAUCUGUCGCUUCCGACGAACAUGAACGACGACUACAAUUGGUACUGGGAAACCUGAUGGAUCCAUUCCGCCCAGAAGAAGACGUUUGUGAAAAUGGAAAAGAUGCGGAUGGUGUUCCACAACUCGGACCCUGCGAUUUGUUGAAAUUCCCAACCUGCCCCACGGACCACGAAUUCUGCUUCAACCGCAAGCCAUCCAGAGACGAGUUCUUUGAUGACAUUCAUCAACCCAAGUUUUACAUUCAAUAUGAUAGAAUUUUGUGCUAUCCAACAGGAUGGGCUUGCAGUUCUUGCACACCUGGACGUUACUGUUCGAGUGAAAAGAGAUGCAUCAUGGAGGACCGAGAGUACGAAUGUGCCCAGUGGUUGUAA